UUCGUCUACUUUGGUCAUUCUCUCCGUGCCGCCUCUCUCCUCCCCACGGCCCGGCGAAAUCCCAUAAAUAUCUUCUUCUUCCCCCACGAUUUCUUGAUCCGCUCUAGCGCUCGCCGGAAUCUUUCUGCCCUUCUCUCACAAAUCGCUUCUUCCUUGAUCUCCUACCGCUCCACAGAGAGUUCACAAAAAAAUAUCUACGAGGAGAAGAUCUCGUAUUCGUAUAGUUUCAGGACAAAAAAAAACAAUCGUUUCUGCCCCCUUGUUGGUUCCUUCUUUUCUUCGGAAGGAAGGAUCAGAUGGGUGGUAUGUCUCUGGAGCGACCGAUUAAGGCAGAGCGGGUGGCCCAGGGUAAUCAGUUUUCAGACUUGGUGUCAGCAGGCUGGACAGAUGAGACGCACACGCUUUACAUAAGCUCCAUGGAAGCUUCUUUCAUGGACCAACUCUACAAUCAUGGACGCAAUGCGAACCACAAGGAUCCAAGCGGCGAUGGGUUCAAGGUUCUCCGCGGUGGAGUGUGGGAGAAACUCAAAUUUGAGCGGACCAAUGCUUCUGCUCCAGUCAGUGGCAAAUGCCGCCUGCCUGCGAGCCCGUGGAUCCGACAUUUUAGACCACGUGAAUACAACGGUAAUACAGGAGGUGAUGGGGAAGAAACUUCAGUGGGUGAUCACGAAUCGGGUAUCCGAACUGUCCAUGGGAGGACUUCGCUGUCGCAUGGAAGGGAAUUGGGAGCUUACAAGGCAGCAAACCUUCUCGCUGAAAAUGCAGAGGUCUCUGAUCAGAACUUUGCUGAUGAUGAGGGGGAAGUUGAUGCAGAAUCAAGUAAAGCAUGCAAGAAAAGGAGAUUAAGCAUUACUUCCAUGUACUGCGACCGAAUGAUCAAGUGAAUCCACGUGAUUAACUAUAUUAGUCAAACGUUAUGAAAAGCAACAAACCCAGUUACUCAAAAGAGCUUCUUUGCUACCUCAAAAUCUAUUGGGAAAUUGGAGCCAGGAUGCUCUGAAGUAAAACAUGACAGAGUAUUUCUCAGUAUAUGUGCAACCAGCAGUUAGUACUGAGGAGUUAAGUGUUGGCGUUUUAACAGAUUAGAUUCUUCUGGUUAUGUAUCUGUCUAUUUUGCAGUUUCCUUUAGCUUGAGUAGUCCACUCGAGUCACUAUCCUGUGAGGCAACUCAUUCACCACUUGUAGCUAGGUAAUAUGGUUUAUUUUAGAGUGAAUUCCAUUUUUUAUCUCUUAGUUUGACUUUUGUGACACUAAUAACCCCGUCUAGCAGAAAUUCUUUCUGUUUACCCCAUUUAGUAAAACUUAUGCCAGGCUUUACCCCCUUUAAUCAGUUA